AUGAGCCGGUAUUUGAACCGUUCUGGAGCGACAAAUGGUUCUAAGCUCAGCUUAGAAAAAAAUGGUUCGUUGAGGCUUCAUGAUAACGCAGCGUACCCUGUAUCAGCUGUUACAAAAAGUAUUACUUUAGUUCCAGAAGCUAUCAGUAAGGAGGUGCGAUCUGUGAGGCCCAAAUACAAUUUGCAGUCAUGUGGCAACACUUUUGUGACUGGAAUUAAGCUGCAAAAGUUCCCACCGCGCUCACAAGUGACUACGGCAGCUGGUCAAAUAAAGGGUUCCAGUCGUGUGGCACAACGGUACCAAAAUGUAUACAAGAUUUACUCCCGUGAAUCGUACGUUUAUCAUUGUGAUUUCUUCAGACUCAUGUAUUUCCCACCGGAUCAUUUCCUAUCGUUGUUCAGAAAGAGUAAACCUGCUAUUAAUGUGAGAACCGUUGGACGAGUGUUCUUAAAUGGAAAUAUGGGUGCAUCGGAUAGCGAGAUGUCGAUCUUUACAAGGAAUAGUCAGAAAAACGGGUUCGUAAAGACAGAAAAUACAUAUUCACCAUGGAAUCGGCUGUUUGAGAAUAAUCCAUCGAAUAUUCCAAAAAAUUACGCCUUCUUGCGAAGGCAAUUACGACUGGCAGUAAGAAAGACUUUUAUUCGUGAAUGGUGUAGACUUAAAGGUCAUGAAGCAACUUCACAGUCGAACAGUAAUCACUGUCUCGAUGUUUUAGGCCGCACAAGACCUGGAAUUGCCAAGGAUGGCCUCUACAUGUAUCAAGUUUUAAUAUUCCCAGAUCAUUCAACCAUGAAAGAGUUCGACGCUUGCGUUAAAGAAAGCGUACGGGUAGUGUCGAACCUAGAAUGGGACAAGUUUCUCAAACCGUAUUCGUCCAAGGUCAAAGGCAAGACCUGGGUCCAGCUGGCUAACGAAAGAGUAAAACCAGCUUCCUUGAACAGACUCCUGCAUGAUAGUGAAAUACCUUUUGCAGUUGUUAAACAGUAG